CAGGGAUGCUCGCUGCAGAACGGCAGACCGAGUCUCGCAAUGUCAUUAUUCGGCACGUCGCGCAGUCCGUCGGGGACGCAUCCGGUCAAAAGGUUGCCGCCGAGGUACAGUUCCUGCAGGUUGGAGAGGUUCCCCAACUCCUUCGGUAUCUCACCCGUCAACUGGUUGCCGUGGAGCCACAGCCCAGGUUGGCGAGGUUCCCAACUCCUUCGGUAUCUCACCCCGUCAACUGGUUGCCCCAGAGGGACAGCCCUUGCAGGUUGGAGAGGUUUCCCAACUCCGAUGGUAUGGUCCCGACGAUACCCUCAGAACUCAUGCGCAAUCCGACUACCCGGCCGUUGGCAAGCUCGACUCCCUUCCAUUCGUCGAUGGGGAGGUCCUCGUCCCAGUUCAGCGACUGAUCAACGCUCAAGGUGUCCCUGGACGCCAGAAGGGCUUCGCAGUCGUGGACGAUCCCAGGGUCGGAGUAUCCGGAAACUGCGGCGCUGUUGGGGCACACGCCUUUGCGGACCGUAAUGCUGAUCG